GUGGGGGGGUGAGGCCCGGGGCGGGAGCACGUGCGCGGGGAGGCGGCCCGGGCCCGAGCGUCUGUGUGCAGCUCGGCUCAGCCCGACGCGGGGCUGGGGCUUGCGGGUACGGCCCCGCGGAGCGCGCCAGGCCCCGGCGCUGCAGUACUGCCCGAGUCCGGGCGGGGUCUCUGUUCCCUGGCGGAGCAGCUCGCGCGGCCGCGGGAAGCGCCCUCUCUUUCUCCGCCGCCGCGCGUCUGCGCCCUGCCGCCCGCGCCGCGCUCCGAGCUCCCCGCUCCCCGCCGCGCGCCCGGCCCCGCGCCCACUCGCCCGCGCGCCCACUCGCCCGCGCUCCCGGCCCUCCGCGCCCCGCUCCCCGCGCCCACUCGCCCCGCCAUGGCGGACAGCGCGAGCGAGAGCGACACCGACGCGGCGGGCGGCGGCCCGGCAGCCAUGCAGUCGUCCUGCUCGGCGACCUCGGGCGGCGGCGGCGGGGGCGGCGGCGGGAAGUCGGGGGGCAUUGUCAUCUCGCCGUUCCGCCUGGAGGAGCUCACCAACCGCCUGGCCUCGCUGCAGCAGGAGAACAAGGUGCUCAAGAUCGAGCUGGAGACCUACAAACUCAAGUGCAAGGCGCUGCAGGAGGAGAACCGCGACCUGCGCAAAGCCAGCGUGACCAUCCAAGCGAGGGCUGAGCAGGAAGAAGAAUUCAUCAGCAACACUUUAUUCAAGAAAAUCCAGGCCUUGCAGAAGGAGAAAGAGACCCUCGCUGUGAAUUAUGAGAAGGAGGAGGAAUUUCUCACCAAUGAACUCUCACGGAAACUCAUGCAGCUACAGCAUGAGAAGGCGGAGCUGGAGCAGCAUCUGGAGCAGGAACAGGAGUUUCAGGUCAACAAGCUGAUGAAGAAGAUUAAGAAGCUGGAGAACGACACCAUCUCCAAGCAACUCACCUUAGAGCAGUUGAGACGGGAGAAGAUUGACCUGGAAAACACACUGGAGCAAGAACAAGAGGCACUGGUGAAUCGGCUGUGGAAGAGGAUGGAUAAGCUGGAAGCUGAAAAGAGAAUCCUACAGGAGAAAUUAGACCAGCCCGUGUCUGCCCCGCCAUCGCCUAGAGACAUCUCCAUGGAGAUCGAUUCUCCUGAGAACAUGAUGAGGCAUAUCAGGUUUUUAAAGAAUGAAGUGGAGCGGCUGAAGAAGCAGCUGCGAGCUGCCCAGCUACAGCAUUCGGAGAAGAUGGCCCAGUACCUGGAGGAGGAGCGACACAUGCGGGAGGAGAACCUGAGGCUGCAACGGAAGCUCCAGAGGGAGAUGGAGAGGAGGGAAGCGCUGUGCCGCCAGCUCUCUGAGAGCGAAUCCAGCCUGGAGAUGGAUGAUGAGAGGUAUUUUAAUGAGAUGUCUGCGCAAGGAUUAAGACCUCGCACUGUGUCCAGCCCAAUCCCUUACACGCCUUCUCCCAGUUCAAGCAGGCCUAUAUCACCCGGUCUUUCGUAUGCAAGUCACACGGUUGCUUUCACGCCGCCGACCUCACUGACUCGAGCUGGAAUGUCCUACUACAACUCUCCAGGCCUCCACGUUCAGCACAUGGGGCCCUCCCAUGGCAUCACAAGGCCAUCACCACGGAGAAGCAGCAGCCCUGACAAGUUUAAACGGCCCACGCCGCCUCCGUCUCCCAACACACAGAGCCCGGUGCAGCCGCCUCCGCCGCCUCCUCCGCCCCCCAUGCAGCCCGCGGUCCCCUCGGCAGCCACCACGCAGCCUGCCGCGUCGGCGCAGCCGCAGUUGCCGCAUCCGGUGCACCCCUCCUCCCAGCCUUAAUGCAUGAGCUUAGUCAGAAUGUCAAGUGGGGACUCUUCUGAUGGAGCCGCCUUCUCAAUGCCAAAGGCUUCCUUCCUGGCAUAUUCGGAUCUGAUGCAUUUGCACUGAGGUUAUCUAGCUUCCCUCCUCGUUGUGUUGUGAAUGUCCGUCGGAAACGCAGCAGGUGUUGCGCGUCCGCAACACUAACCAGACGACUUUUUCCAUCGGUGUUUUACUUGAAUCUCCGUGUCCGUCAUUCCCUGGCUGGAACAUUGCUAUCUGGUAUUUGGUAAUAAGCAGCCGUGUGCAAACCCUUACCCUCCGGGCCCCAGGGCUUCUUUUUCUUGGCUUUUAGGUUUGUAAAAUAGGAAGGGAGAUUUUUUUUUUUUUUAAUAUUUUUCUCUGUGAAUUUGCAGGAAAUCACUGAGCUGUUGGUAACCCUUCUUCUCCAGGUCACAGUGAAGUUUACCAAACACACCAAGAGUUUGUCACUACAGUUCAGACCUUUGCGAGCCUGACUCAGUGUAGGGUUGGGAGUUAGAUGAAUCGGUGCCCACAGAGAUACCUAGUCUAGAGCUUUCUACAGACACACUUUUUACAGAUUGUUUUUUUUUUAUGUAAAUUGACCGCCGUGUCUCUUGUAAAACAGCCUACAGAAACAAAUCCCACAGCUGUAUCUUCGCCACGUGUGUGGGAUGGGAAUCAUUGCCUACUAAGAUGUGAUUUUUUUUUCCUUUCUCUUUAGUGUUAAUCCACCUAAGUCAGUCCCCUCUGACACGAGCGGAUAGAUGCCUUCCUACCAGUGGUCUCUGGGGCUGCCUCAAAUGUGGUCGUAGAUCUCUGCUGCAAGGCCCGUGAGAUUGUAACAGAGCGAGUGUGGCUGCCCCUUCCAUUCUUUUGUGUUGUCCUGAGACAGAGGGUGGAUGAGUAUUUUCCGGGAGCAAAUCGCUGCUGGGAAACACUGGACGUGGGUGACACCCUAGCAUGGUGGCCGGGGGAGCACUUGGCAGAAAAGGGUAGAGCAGAGGAGCUCCCUGGCCUUGAUGGCUGCUUGCUUUGCCCAUCAAAGGCAAGGUCCUGGACACGACUGCCAUCCGUUCAGCACAAAUAAAUCCUUGAGGUUCGCGUUGGGAGGAACACCGAGUGGCUCUUGUGUCAGCUUCAUUUCUGUCUGUCCGGUUACUCUGUGCUUCGGUAGUUGAGUGCUUUCCCCCUACCUGUGUUUGCAUAUUUAUAUAUGCCGUGGAUGAAAAUAACUUACUAGAGAAUGUAUAUUUUAUGAUGAGAAACGUGAAUCUGUUGGAUAUAAUCAGAGAACUGAAAAUUAAUUUAUCAGUAAUUUUUAAGAGUUCAUGUUUUGUGACAACCAUCUGUAAUAGCAACUCCUCAUGGAACACACUCCCAAGAGCGACGAAUACCCUGGUGACAUUGUAGAUAUUUAAUAUUGUACAGUCUAGAAACCUCCAUUUUGCCUUCAAAUGCAUAUUUAAGAGUUAACAGAAUGAACAAGUGUUAUUGGGUAAUAGUGUUUGACAGCAUUUUACGAACUUGAGAAUAAGAACAACCAUAGGACCUUUCACUUCUCUUACACACCUAAACUGAGAAUGUUAUCCUCCGAUGACCAGGAAGAAACUGUCGGUCUAUAAAAGUUUUAUUUAUAAAAAGGUGUAUGUGAUGGAGCAGGCCAUACCAUAGUGCAGUUACGAGACACAGGGUGGAGUCUGGCAUUUCCUGUCAGGGCGGUAGCUUUUCAGUGUCAGACUGAACCCAGGCUUUUCUCCAGCAGCUCACUGACCCUCUUGGUACAUGACCAUUCCAAGGAAAUUCUGAGGCUAGGCAGAUGAAUUCUUCCUUCACGGUACAGUCCUGAAUUUUUUUUUUUCCUUGCAAGAGAAAUAUGUGUUUACAAGGUUUUUUUUGUUUUGUUUUUUUUCUGGGAUUGUAGAUUUCAGUACUGUUGGCUACCAGCUUCUACUCCAGCACCCAGCUCUCUUCUGUAAAGCUCUUCCCUCCGCCGCCCAUCAGCUUAGUUACCUAGAAGCACAAGCUCGAAAGCGCUGCCAUACGGUGAGCAGAGCCUUUCAAGAGAUAGGUCCUCGGCACCGAGACUUGUCCCGGAACGUGUGCCUCGGAUUCCCGUAGGCCCAUCACUUCACCUCAAACCCAGCUCCUCCUAACAGCACUUUUCAGAAUAAUCCAGUUGCCGCUCCCAGCAGACAUUAAGAACCAAGAGAACAAACACUACUCCCUGAACGUAGGGUGUUGUGUGUCACUUUCGAAGAGAGUAGUGAUAGGUAAGAGGCUUGGAUAUUGAGCCUGUAGGGACAGGAGCCUCCUUACCGUGGGAAACGGACUUAGGUGGGUCGGGGCUGGACGUGGCUCCCAUAGGCUCAGUUCCCCACUCUCACAGGCUAACCCUGGAUUGAAAUCAGUAGCCAUCCUCGGCAGGUGAGAGCAACAGUACCUUCAGUGGCUUCAUUUCCUGUCUCGUUGACAGAGACCCUCGGGUACCACUGUGCUGCUAAUUAGGGUGAGGGUUCUGUUCCCAGAUGACCUCACCUUUGUACAGAACCCUAUCUACACACCCAGCACCCCAGCGCCUCCGGGCCCUGACCCGUUUUCUCUCGUCAAGCAUGCUGGCAUCCUAGACAGAACUCUAGACCUUUGGCAGACAGGGAUGUGUUAAGGUUUUAUUUAAAUGUCUUUGUUGACCGGGAGGACCCAGGCCAUUGACCAUGGGAGAGAUGUGUAACCAGAAUGUGGCUUUAACAGCUCGUGCUGCUGUGCCUUUGUCACUGGCUUCUGAUUCGACCAGAAAUAAUCAAUAAUGUGAAUUUUUGUUGAUCCUUCAGUUGUAGGGACACAGUGUGUAUCCCCCGUUGUUAGGUAGACACGAACUUGGCCUGUGCAAAGCUCUGCUUUUUGAGGUUUCCCAGGGAGAGAAGAGAAAGCAUGAAGGCAUGUACUUCAGGAAGUGUGUUUUUUAAAAGUGCAGAAGAAAGUUUUCCUUGUGACUGGAUCUUCUGUCUCGUACUUGUCUGAUAGGUUAGCCAGUGCUGAGAGCUUGUAGUUGUGACUACCAAAGACAUGUGUAGUAAAACUCAUGUUUCCAAAUCACUAAAGAGGCAGCCAUUGACGCUUCUCCGUGGUCCUUUCUCAGGAGCCAUUCCGAGAGACUAAAAGAUUGUUAGGGCUUUAUUUUUCAGUUUUCGUCUCUUUUUGUUUUAAUUUUUGAUAAAAAUGUGUUAGCCUAACGUUUUGGAGAACAUUUCCCAGAAUGCUCAGCAGUUGUGAUUACUGGCCACACCCAGGUCACCUCUCUGUGAGUGAUGAAUGGGAUCCUCUGUGCGUGCUAGCAUGGGUGCUGUGUGUGUGCGCGUGUGUGCAUUCAUGCCUUAACUCGGGUUACUGCUCAACUUUGCUGUUUGACUCGGUCCUCACCAUCCUCAGAUUGUAUUUUGUAUCUUGAUCUGAACUUUAUUCUGACGAAAGCAAGGUUGCAGGCACCACAGGUUGGAAUGCAUUCCUUUGGAAGAAUGUCCGGUCAGACAGACCCUCAGUUGUUUCCACAGACUUUCUUUGGGACUUUGUUUGCAAGGAGAGCAGACCGCCAGAUGGGAAGACAUCAGUCAACAAGGAAGAGAGGAGAGCCAAGUGUUAGCAUGCCCUCUGCCUCUGCAUAUCCGUGUGCUGCGUGUGUGGUUCUGAUAGCUUAUCUACAGCUCGGCUAGCUUGGAGUCCAGGUAAUGGUGGCAAGCCUGACAUUCUCUGUUGGAGUUUAGAGAGAUGUAAGACGUCCAGUUAAUGUCUUAUUUACUUUAUGUUGAUCAGUCUUUAAUACAUGUGCUCAAUCAGAAAACUGAAAUAAAGAUAAUUUUUUAAAAUGUA